AAGAGUCUAGAUCUAGUCCUAGUUUAGACAUAGACCUAGACCCUAUAUCUAGAUCUAUAAAAUCCAGAGAAGGUCGAGGUUUAUGAUUACUUACAUAUUUUUUCAUUUGCUAAGCAUGAUUUGACAGAUAUGUUAUUUUGAAGAAGAGACUUGAAAUUAUCUGCUCUGCUGGACAUGACUGAGCAUUUCACAGAUGAAGAAACUCUGUUGACCUGUGAUAACAAAUUUAAUGUGGUCUUAGAGUUAUCAAACAAACAAGAUGUAACUAAGAAAGGUCAAAGAGUACAAGCACUUUUGAAGUUAUUAUGCUCCAGACAAUUUCUAGAGUCUCUGUUUCUAGGUCAGUUUGUAUCAAUAUUGUUAUGUGGUACUGGUGUAUUCUCUGGCCUCUUACAAAAUGAAGGUGUCAAUGUACCAUCAGCUCAGAGUUUUCUUGUCUAUUAUGCACUGGGCUUGGUCUUCACAACACAGCUAGCCUUCAAUCAAACGGAAAGAAAUUUACUUAAACUUCUCAAGUCCACUGAAAUAUUCAAGUACCUUUUAAUUGGAAUCAUAGAGGUUGAAGCUAAUUUUAUGGUUGUGAAAGCCUACAGUUAUACGUCAGUAACUAGUGUGCAGAUUUUAGACUGCUUCAGCAUCGCUGCUGUUUUACUUUUAUCUAGACUGUGGCUCCACACUCUCUAUAGAUGGUGUCACUACUUGGGGGUGACUAUCUCUGUAGUAGGUUUGGGAGCUCUAGUGGCUGCAGAUGUAAUUACUGGCAAAAAUAAAGAUGAAGGUUCAGAUAUAGCUUUGGGAGAUAGUCUAGUCAUCAUUGGUGCUAUUUUGUACGGUUUUAACAAUGUUGCUCAGGAAUAUGUUGUAAAGAAUUAUAAUAAGUCAGAGUAUCUUGGCAUGGUUGGAUUGUUUAGUACUGUUGUCUCAGGGAUUCAGGUAAUUAUUUUGGAGCGUGAAGAACUAAGCAAUAUAAAUUUUGUCUCUUAUAAAGUUGCUCUUCCUUGGUUUGGAUAUUUCCUUUUCUUGUUUCUGAUAUACACGUGUAUGUCCUGGGUAAUUCAAAAAACAAGUGCAACUGUGACCAACUUAUCUCUCCUUACUGCUGAUUUUUAUGCAUUGAUUAUUGGCAUUUUCAUCUUUGGUUAUUCUUUUCAUGCUCUGUAUGUGAUAGCAUUCUUUGUUGUACUCUUUGGAGUUGCUGUUUACAGUUUUCAGCCAACAGAAUCAGCCUAAAACUGAAAAGGAAAAUCAAAAUUUAACAAUUGUCCUUUGGAGAAUGGUCUGGAAUCAGUUGCAGCAAAUCUCAACCCUCAAUGUUUUUAAUCAGAUUCAAGGAAUAACUAAUGUUCAUAUGCUAUAUAAUGUUCAAAUAUUAAAUAGGAAUAAACUUUUACAAAAUAAUUAUAAUUAACAUAAUGUUGUAUUGUAUACAUUACUACAAUAGUUGAAAAUGUCUUAUUUUAGCCAUUGUUUUGUUACAUUUAUAAAACCAGUAUUUUUUAGUCAAAAAUUUAACAUUCUUUUAUAACAUGUUGUAUGUAUGUAUAAAUUUGUUUUAUUGUACAAAUCUAUAUCCUCUUUUUAAGACAUGAUCUGGCCAGUAACAAUUUAAAAAU